AUGGAUUUCAAAAAUUUGUCUUACAUGCAAUUAUCGUGUGUUCAACAAGACGAAAAGGUUUGUACAAUGGACAACCGCAGAGUCAUGAAAGCCUACAGAGAUAGGGUAAAGGAAAAGGUUUUACCCUAUCCAUCUAGGGCCGGCUUAUUCUCUAGGGUGAAGAGAUACUUUUCCGGAAGCGCUAUACCCAAUAAUCGACAACAUGAGCAAACUAGAAGACCAACGCAAGUAGCAGAAACUGCCGCGAAUAAGUCGGGUUAUAUCUUACCCGAAUCAUCUACUCCAGCAAACAAUACUAUGAUUGCAGAUCAAUCCACAAAUCGAGUGUUGUCUAGCUUCUUCCAAGAGAAGGGCGAUCAACCGUUGUCUCAAAUAGAAUACGAAGGUGUCAUGUCCCUUUUAGAAAAGUCGAAAGCCUCUAUCACAUUGCCUCUUCCAGACUCUCCCUCAGAGAAGAAAAAAACAAGUGGUGCAGAUGUAUCGAGUUCAUCUACUGUCCAGCAUAAUCACACAUUCGCACCUUACUCGCAAACAACUUUACGAAACACAAGCAUGUACGAAGGCAAUUCCACAUCUUUUGCAACUCCAGACUAUAAGCCCGUUUAUCAUACUUUUUCUGAUAAUUCUAGGGCAAAUGUUUCGGUCAAAAGAGUGUAUCAGUUUUCGGGAUUGCCUUCUCCAUACAGAACAAGGAUCAAAGCACCCAACAUGGUGUCUCGCAAAGCUAGGCGUAUUGACACCGUCGCACAAUCAGGCUCUAAUUCGACAUUAUUGCCAUCUAAUCAAACAGUUGAUUCUACCUCAACCAAGGUUAUGAGUAACACCGCUAAUUCCCUUUUGUCAAUUUUGGGUGGUAAUGAUGCAAAUGAGAAAGAACAGUCACAGGAAGUUUAUAGACCACUUCAUAACCCUUACGCAACAAACAAGCGGAGAUUCAAUGUUGAAGAGGAGCGGGUCACCAAGAAACCAGUCCUAGGCGCUGAUGACAUUACAAAAACAGUUUCCUACAAUAAAUCUGAGGAUUUGCCGCAGAGUAUAAGGGAAGAGUCUUCUAGCUCAGCCCCUAUAUCCCAGUCUGCUGUGCCAAGGCUGGUUCCUGACACACUCUCGUUCUCGUCGAGUAAUGAGAAAGCCCAAAAGUCAAUGGCAGAGGCCAAAAGCGCAAAAGAAGCUGCUCCAGCGGAGGAAACAGGCUUGGAAUCUGGGAGCCCAGACUUGUCGCAAAAGGGAUUCAAAUCCAUGCAAACAAGCACUGAAAGUGCCUCCCCAAUGCCAGAGUCUAAACCACAGCAAUCGCUUUUCGGUUCUAACUCUAAUGGUCCCUUCCUUGCAACCACAAAUGGUACAAAACCAUCUUUCAAUUUUGGUGCAACAACCAAACCCACUUCGAAACUUGAAAAAGUUAAGAAUCCUUCAUUUGAACCUGAAUCAAAUGCACAAAAACCUGCAUCGGCUUCCAAUGGAUUCAGUUUUGGGGCCAAAAAGGAUCAAGCGCCUCUCCAAUCAUUCUCAUUUGCUUCACAAUCCACUAAACCCAAUUCUACUUCUAACGACAAUGCCACUUCCACGCUCAAGUUUGCUGACACAAAUAAGCCGGAGCAGCCUUCCAAUGGAUUCAAUUCUGCAAAAGCACAAUCCAGUCAAGCUCCUACUUUUUCAUCAGCAAAUGGGAAAUCAGUGAAUGGGAGCGGAAAACGUGAAUCAUUUGAAUUUUCGUUUCCUCCUGUCGAAACAUUCACUGCGAAUGUGGACGAAGCACAGGUUGAACAAUACAAGCUGCUAUUCGAAUUCUGA